AACUCUCUCCAUCUUCAUGGUCACUCAGUCCAGCCCGUCCCCCUCUGUCACCUGGACAGCAGUGAUAGCCUCUUCGCUCUCUUCCUGCUUCUACUCUUGGCGCCCCUCAAUCUCCCCUCUAUAGGGCAGCUGGAGCUACCUGAGAAAACGUGGACCAACUUUGUCAGUCUUCUGCUUAAAACCCUCUGGUUUUAAGGCUUCUCACUGUUCUCAGAAUCACAGAAAUCCCUGACCAUGUCUCAUGAGCCCUGUCAUGCCUCAGGGCCUUUGCACAUGCUGUUCCCUCAGCCUGGAAUGUUUGUUACUCAGUUCUUCUUAUGACAGACAGCUUCUUUUCGUCCACCAGAUAUCAGCUCUUCAGACCACCACAUUCAGAGGCUGCAGCCAUUCUGUCACAGUUCCCUGGCCUCAAAUAUAUGAUCUAGUCUGUUAUUCUGCAUAUAUAUUUAUAUAUAAAAUAAAGCAGAAUAUAUAUAUAUACACACACACAUAUAUAUAUGGAAUAAUUUUAUUCUGUUGUAGCACUUGCUGCCAUCUAUAAUUAUUGUGUCUGUCUCCCUCUGCCAAAGUAAACCCCAUGGGUACAGCAGCCACUUGUCUCUUUGUCCCCUGCACCAAGUACAGUGCCUAGCAUGGAGGAGACAUCACUAUGUUUGCGGCUGCCUAGAGGAAGGAAUGGUGGGAAGCGUAGGCAGCCCUGUGAGUACCUGGGAUACCCGGGGCCUUUGCUGGCCUCGUCUUUGGAGCCUGUCCUUCCCUGCCCAGGGCGAGUGUCCCAGAUCCAGUGCUGCACCUGUCCCGGUGAAGACAGGAUGGGGCCGGGUCAGUGCAGAUCCCACAGGUCCUGGGCAGGUGAAAGGCGCAGGGAAAGGGCAGCUCUGAGAGGCCAGAAUGUCACCAUUCUCCAGCUCCUCUGGGAGUAGACGGUCUUGCCCAGGAGGGUCCAAACACACAGCAAUUCAGGGUCCCAAACUAUCCACUCUUCACCACCCAGCAGAAAUCGACGCCCUCCUUAGCAGGAGCUGCAGCUGAAGGGACUCCUCGCCCUGCGGUUUCGGUGUGAUCCACGUGUCCUGGUGUAGGACGCUCACGUGAUCUCACCGUAGCCACCGCCAUCUUGCAGGGGAGGCAGGGCACAAGGAAGCCACGCCUCCGGGGGGCGGGGUUAAACGACUCGCUCAAAGCCACAAAGUCAGUACAAUGCAGAGCCAGGGUGAGGGCACAAUCUCUGGGCUCCAAAUCCCAGCUUUCCUCCUCUCAUUCAAAGGCCAACAAGAUUCACUUGAAGUGACCUCUUAUCCUAAGAUUCAGAGACUCUUCAACUUUGGUCUAAGGAACGACUGAAGUUUUUACAGCACCUUCUCUCUAACCAAUGGAAUCUGAGCAUCCUGCAAUGUUAAGCAACGAUGAAAGGGUUCUGCUGGCGAAUGCAGGGAACUACAAUUCCACUCUUCCUUUUAAAGGAGAAAUGACAACUAAUUCACUUAGGGGACUCACAAGGAUGGUGAACUACAGGAGCCUGUUACUUCCCACUUUUCCCCUUCAACUGCCUGUGAGUUCUCUAAGAUGGAGCAAGCAAUGGAGACGGUUGCCAUUAAAAAGAAUUUUUAUUUCUGACCUUCCCUCCAUUCGGAGUCCUGCAGCCCCUUCCUCCACUGAAUUGUGGGGUAACUCCAGGGAGCACUCCUGUAGCCCGUGCCUACCCUGGGAUGGGCAUGGAGCCACAGCAGCCUGGUCCCUGGACAUUCUAGUGUCCCAGUUGGCCCUGGUUCAUCCUCCAGGAGGACAGCAGUUAAGUGAGCUCCCCAAAUGUAAGCUUUUAUCUGCGUCCUCAGCUCAGACCGGCUUUCUAAGUUGGGCUGUGCUCAAGGUAAGAUGUUCUGGGACCUGGGGUGAGGAGGGAACCCCAAGUCUUCCUGCACUUAGCUCUCCUCCCUAUUGUCCAUCCUCAUUUAAUUACCCAAGCCCUGAAGCUCUGAACGGCCAGAACCCAAAGCCUGGCAGAGCCACGCAUGGCAGAAUCUGUGGUCUUCUCAGCCACUCAGAGAUGGAAAAAUGCACAUGACACAUUUUUCGCAUACGAUUUCAUCUCUUUCAUCAACCUCAGAAAAUGAUCCGUAGAACACCAGGAUUAAGAGGCUCUGCUCCAUGUGUGAUACAGACUCCACUGGUGGUGCCCAGAUGACCUUACGGAUUUGUUAUUUUCAUAGUUCUAUAUUUAUUUUAAAGUACAUGUAAAAACUUGUGCUUUCAUGGGUAUUACUGUCUAGGGUAAGUAAAUCAUAAAGUAAAAAGUGAGUUAAUUUAAAGAUAAUUGUUGAAUAUAAUAGUGUAAGUGGUGUGUCAAUUUAGAAAAAAGCGAUGACAGUUAUUCAUGGAUGAUGAAAGUCUGGGAAUCACAGUAUCUAAGGCUUUGGAAGGAGGUUUAGACCCAAAGUCUUUUUCUUGUCUAUUUCUUUCUUUUUGUGAGACAGAGUCUCACUCUGUUGCCCAGGCUAGA